AUCAAAGCUAACCUUUCCUCAUGCUAACAACAUACUACGCCACUCAUCCGUUGGCCCGUACUGCAGAUACGAUUGCGCGUACUUAAGGCGGGAACCCCUCACCGAAAGACAAUCAUCUCGUGAAGAGCGUCAAGACUUCGAAAAGCUUGAUUAUGGCCAUCAAUAAAGUUCUGAUUAUAGGAAAUCAUGACAUUUCCUCUGCCAUCAUUGAUGCGUUGGCGCAAUAUCGAAUCGAGGGCAGUAAAUCGUUCGAGGUAACCGCCCUGACCUAUCCCUCCCAAACCAUUCCACCAGCGACAAAUGAUCCGCAUUUCCCUAUUCAACACAAGAAGUCUGACUUCACCGAUUCUUCUCUACGUUCAUCAUUGGCUGGACAGGACCUGGUCAUUAGCACGACAGCUGCAGGAGACUACCACUUCCAAGUCCGCAUCAUUGAUGCCGCUAUUGCUGCAGGCGUGACGCGUUUCGUUCCAAAUGAAUUCGGUCAAGACUCUUUGAAUGAAGAGAUCCAGCAAAGGAUGCCACAGAGCGCACAACGUGCGAAGGUUAUCGACUAUCUUCGUCGGACAUCUCAUGCUCGACCCGACUUUGAGUGGUGCGCGGUAGCGACGGGCUGCAUUCUGGAUACCCUGCUUCCUUCUGGAGAUCUCGGCUUCGACUUGCAGUGGCAGAGCGCAUCAAUACACGGCACCGGUCAUGAGUUCUUUGCUGCAUCAAGCCUCGAAAGAGUUGGAUUAGUUAUGGCCAGCAUCAUCCGACGUUGGGAUCAAACGAAGAACAAAUACCUGUAUGCUGCGGGGGUGUUGACCACUGCACAAUCAAUUCUUGGCUGUCUGGAGAGAUGUUCAGAGGCUACAUGGAGUACUAGCUAUUCUGAUGUUGAAGAAUGCGUAAGAGAAGGCCAUUCAAGAAUUCAACGAGGCUGGCCCGACUCCGGCAUGUUUCUUUUGGGCAAGAGCGUUCUCUUCGAUGAGGAACUCCGGGCCAUUGAUGUCUUCAAUGACUACAAUGCCAAUGGUCUCCUACAAUUGGAGCCGGAGACGGUCAGCGAGAUUGUUGAACAAACUUAUCGGAAGUUUAAAGAUCGAGGUAAACCUGGGUGUGGCUGCGCUUCGUAGCUCAUCAUUUGGAUUCGAUCACGAAACAAUGUCGUCACAGACAAUUGGACGCCACCUGUACACCAGGGUCAUCAUCUCCCAAGUGG